AUGAGCUCUCAGAAGAGACCCUCGGAAGAGUCAACUGGCUCAGGUACUAAGAAAGUGAAAUUAGAAGAAACUAAAACACCUUCACUCAAAUCAGAGGCAAGUAAUUUAGCAUUACCGAAGAUGAAUGAUAGCUCAAACAAUAUUAAUGCUGUUCCUUUAGCGCUUCCGAAAGGAGGCGACAAGAAGAAGAAAGCUAAUAGCAAAACUGCACAAUCAGGAAAAAACGGUGGGAAAGAAGAUGGAACAGGACAAAAGCAGAAAGCGACAGAUCCAAAUAAGAUGCAAGAUGUUUUGAUAUCUGCUGGUGUUGAUCUGAAAGAAGAGGAAGCUUUAUUGAGCUCAACCGUCAAUGUUUCAAAGACUCAACAGAAUGCGGUAGUGAUACCUCCUCAUCCACCUUUCUUACACCCAGAUCAGGUCUCCAAUUUUAUGAAGAAGGUGGCAAAAACCCAAAACUUUAAUUUAUCAUUUACAAAGAAUACGGAGAUAUUAGAUAUGAUGUCAUCAGCAUGUGAAAGCUAUCUAAGAGAUAUAAUAACCAACACAAUAGUGGUUUCAAGGCAUAGGAGGAAGGGAGUUAAGGUAAACUAUGGAAGGAGAAGUCAAGUCGCGGCGGCUUUAAGAUCAAUAGCUAUAAAUCAGAAAAAGGAGGAAGAGAGACGCAUGAAAAAGAGAAUUGCUCUUGGAUUAGAGAAGGAAGACUAUGAAAAUAAAAUGGACUCUGAAGAAACCUUACACAGAGCAUCCAACGUUACGGCAACCUUAAGAGCAGGUAGUAAGAAACAGUAUGGUUGGUUGACAUCAUCUAUAAAUAAACCCGCCUCAAUAGGUGUCAAAUCUGCUGGUAAGGUAGCAACAGAAAUUGCAGCUAGAGGUGAAUCAGGAUUGAAAUUUAGAGAAGCACGUGAAGAACCCGGCAUUGUAAUGAGAGACCUUUUAUUUGCCUUGGAACACCGAAGAAUAGGUGUGCACAACAUUAUAUCGAAAGGAUAUGCUAGAAUAAGAGACUAA